AUGGCAAACGAACCGGAAGCAAAGCGUGCAAAGUUUCCCGACGAACAGGAAUCACCUUCCAUCGAGAGGGAAGCAAAGGAAGUAACUCUUACUAAGAUACAUUCAAUACUGGGCGAUGAGUUUACUAAGCCUACACCAUUGGUGGAGGUGUACAUUGGAAGCGUUACCGAUAAUCGCCACCUUUCCGAACUAGUGCCAGCACUUUCGCGAAUACUUCCGAUCGGGGAUCUACAGCAUCUGAAGCGUGUAAAUCGAGAUGGUACGAUCAUGCUGGCUCCGGUCGAUAAGUUAUUGGAGCAACUGCCAGCCGUACAAGGGCAGGAUGAGCAGCAAGAAGGUACCAUCGAAUCCCGCCUUGCACAGUUUCUGCGCUCGGAAGGCUUAGACUCGGCAGUGGUCGAUGGUCUUUGCAAGAAGUUGAAGGUUGUUUCGGUUCCUGCGAUGCAACCAUUGCUGCGGUGGCAGUACGAAACUGCGAAUCAAUUAUGGCCGUGUAAAUUUCACCCAAACCGCCACACUGAAGCUCUUUACACGGACACACUGUUUGGAGGGCAGGAAGUAUCGGGUCACCGACGAUUAAUGGACAUCUGUCUACAGCUGGCAGCAAACUUCGACAACCGGCCAUUUGGAGUGUGCGUUAAUCCACAGCUUGGCGCACGCAUCGCAGCCAUUGCGUCGGGACGCAGUGAGCAACAUCCAAUCUGGCACUGCCCGAUGGUACUGAUCGAUAUGGUAGCCGUAUCACAGAACGGUGGCAUAUGGCAUCGCAAACCGGACGCUGAACGUGGGUGUAAGGACUAUAAUGCGCUGCGGGACGAUGGAUUUCAUUACGGUGGAAUCGACACACAGGCAGAGAGGUUCAUUCGCGAACGGUACGGUAACGCGGUUUGCCUUGGAGCGGAACCGAUCCGAACCGGAACAUUGCAACGGCCGGAAUCGUUGGAUGGCGGGGGUGUAUCGGUACCGGUGGAUAAUCUUGCCAAAUACGGACCUUACCUGUGUACCGGGUAUGACGUCUAUCUCACACACGAACCCUGCAUAAUGUGUGCCAUGGCCCUGGUACAUAGCCGUGUGCGGCGUGUUUUCUACCAUCAUCCAACACCACGCGGAGCGCUCGGGACGCUGACGAAGCUGCACACGGUAAAGGAUUUAAACCAUCACUACGAGGUGUUCCGGAUUGCUUAA